CAUAACGUGGCCCAACUAUGCCAACCAUGGCCCUAAAGCAGGGAAAUUAUCCACCGGACUCACUGACACAACUUAUCCUCACAGACCUCACCGAUGGCCGCCGGCGUCCCUUCGAGGACAUCUGAUAGAACUCCAGCCGCCGGCAAUUUCUCUUCCCAAGAGAAAAGCUCUCGACUUCUCUUGUACUGCGAGAGGCCAGGUAUCACGGCUUUCUUGCCUUCCCCUGUUCAUUGUUUGUUUCCCUAUUCCUACCCCAAUUGGUGAAAUUGGAAUCUUCGUCUGAAAGCAGGAUUAUUAUCUUUCAGAUGCUGUACCUCUAGAGUCUGCCGGAGAAAAAAAAGGAUUGUCUUCCACUGAUCCCUUGUGAAGAAGAUAAAUGUCGCUUUCAGUUUCAAUCCUAGGAAUAGGAUGGGUUGGGUUGGGUAGGCCAUGGGCGAGGUAACUGUCUCAGGUCUUUGGAGUUUUCUGCCAGUGCCACUCAGGCCAAUUGAAAGUGAGAACAGGAAAUUUCCAACCUCCAUUUUCUACCUUUCUGGUGAUAAAAAAAACAGGACAAGCCCACUUCUUCCCUUCACAAUUGAUCUGCUAGAACUAUGGAGUCCAAGAGAGGAGUUGGGUGGGUGGCCUUCACCAUCACCAUCGUCAUCCCAUGCUUCCUGCAGCUUCUACUCUCUCAUCUCCCAACUGCUGGGGCUCAUUCUCAUUCAGUCUCCUCCACUGACGCCGGCGGCUUAGUGAGACUAAGCCUCAGGAAGCGGCCUCUCCGUCUUGACGAUGUUAAGGCAAAGGCAGCUGCAGCAGCAAGGGUUCGAGGAGGAGGAGGAGCAUCCCUCUUGGCCACCGGCUAUGGUGGAAGUGGAAGUGAGGCUCUCCCUCUGAAGAAUUACUUGGAUGCUCAGUACUAUGGAGAAAUCGGGAUCGGUACCCCUCCCCAGCAAUUCACCGUCAUCUUUGACACCGGCAGCUCCAAUCUCUGGGUUCCCUCCUCCAAAUGCUACUUCUCUAUUCCUUGUUAUUUCCACUCCAAGUAUAAGUCUACCCGCUCCACCACAUACCAAACCAACGGAGAAUCUUGUGAAAUCAACUAUGGGUCUGGAUCAAUAUCUGGGUUUUUCAGCCAGGACAACGUUGAACUUGGGGAUCUUGUCGUCAAGGACCAAGUUUUUAUCGAGGCUACUCGAGAAGGCAGUAUUUCUUUUCUGAUUGCUAAGUUCGAUGGAAUACUUGGCCUUGGCUUUCAGGAAAUAUCUGUUGGGGAUGCCGUCCCUGUCUGGUACAACAUGGUGCAACAAGGUCUGGUGAAAGAGGAAGUGUUCUCAUUUUGGCUUAAUAGAGAUCCAAAUGCCGAAGAGGGAGGUGAGCUGGUUUUUGGUGGCAGUGAUCCAAACCACUUCAAAGGAAACCAUACUUAUGUCCCUGUCACCCAAAAGGGUUAUUGGCAGUUCAACAUGGGAGAGUUCCUGAUCGGGAACCUCUCUACAGGUGUUUGCGAAGGGGGUUGUGCUGCAAUUGUGGAUUCUGGGACAUCAUUGCUUGCUGGUCCAACUAGUAUUGUCACGGAGAUCAAUCAUGCCAUUGGUGCUGAAGGGGUCGUGAGUGCAGAGUGCAAGGAAGUGGUUAAUCAAUAUGGGGACAUGAUAUGGGAUCUCUUGAUUGCAGGGGUAAAACCCGAUCAAGUAUGUUCACAGCUUGGCGUGUGCCUGUUCAAUGGAGCUCAGUAUGUGAGUUCCGAGAUUGAGCAAGUGGUGGAGAAGGAAAGUAAUGUGGGAGCAUCAGUUAACGAUGACCUUCUGUGCACUGCUUGUGAGAUGCUAGUCAUCUGGGUCCGGAAUCAACUCAAGCACGAGGAGAUAAAGGACGUAGCCCUCAACUACGUCAGCAAGCUGUGUGAGAGCCUGCCGAGCCCAUCAGGGGAGUCCAUAGUUGAUUGCAACAGCCUUCCAACCAUGCCCAAUGUCACUUUCACCAUAGGGGAGAAACUCUUCAGCCUCACUCCGGAGCAGUAUGUUCUGAAGACCGGGAAAGGCAUUGCGGAGAUAUGCAUCAGCGGGUUCAUGGCUUUUGACAUCCCACCUCCUCGAGGUCCUUUGUGGAUUCUUGGAGAUGUGUUCAUGGGUGUGUAUCAUACGGUGUUUGACUAUGGAAAUCUCCAACUGGGUUUUGCUGAAGCUGCAUAACUAUGAUAUUAUCACCUCGAUGUCAUGUGAGGCGGGGGUAUAGUUCUACUUGGUGUCUGCUAUGUAACAUAUGCCGUUGAAUAACAGACCAAAACGAUUGUGCUGCUGCUCCGUGAUUACUGAUACUCGUGUCUAUGGUGUAACAUAUGGUGUUGACCAAAACGAUUAUUGUUGCUGUUGCUGCUCCUCGAGCCUAUACGAGAUGUACAGUUUGUCUAAGGAAUAAUAGCAAUGUAUAAUAGUGAAUCAACAAGUGAUGCCAUAGUUUUAACUGAACUGGAAACUUGUCAUGAAGAUCCAGAUUCUUCCUCUCGCGGCUGAAGCUGCAGCUGUUUACCAGCAUCUGCCCUGCAUCAUGUCCGAAAAUCAAUCAGAAGAGGAACAUAUACAGAAUACAUGGAAAGACCUGCCCCCAGUCUUCUACCAAAGCAAGUGAUAAUUCCCAUAAAAAAAUGUAAACAAUAAAAGAGAGAUGAUCAUUGUAAGUUACAUUUGAGCAAACUUAGCCAUCUAGUAAGGCAUGAUAUUUACGGAGGUAAAGUAAAACAUACCUUCCUUUUCCUUUCCAUCCCAUCUUCUAAAGAAGUCUGAAACCAACAUCAGUUGCGGAUGACCUUCUGUCUGCUUGCUUGUGAGAUGCUAAGCCAUCUAGGUCCAGAAUCAACUCAAACACAAGGAGAUAAAGGACGUAGCCCUCAACUAUGUCAGCAAGGUAAGCUUCAUGAUGCAUCUAGCUAGCUAGAACUGCUAAUCGAUUCGGUUCGGUCAUAAACCAAAUCAGUUUAGUCGGUUCUCGGUUGACAGUAACAUUUUGGACUUACUACACUGUUUAUAUUAGACAGCUAACCGUAUCCGUAUAGUUGGUUAUAUGCUAUUUUAUCUGUUAUUCGUAUAACCGUUAAGCAAAUGAUUCAGCACGAUAAGACUAAAACAACAUAACAAAACAAAAAACAAAAAAAGCUCAUAUUUUUAAUUGUGCAUUUUUUAAAGAUUUUUUUCAUACAUACUCGUGUUAAUUUCUUUUCUCCAAGUCUUUAUCAUUGAACUAAACCAAUUUAACAUCCAUAAAACUCCAAAUUAAACGCUAACCGAACACAGAUACACAAUAACACAAAUUCAUGAAUCAACAAGACAUCAACUAAACUAAACACAAACAGUCAAACUUCUGCAACUCAUCAUCGUCUACAAAUAUUAAUAUGAGACAAGACUAAGUCACCAACUAGACAAAUAAGUACGAAAGCAUGUUUGUCCAAUCCAUAAGAAACUCCUUCCAACAUAACACAAUAACACCAACUUCACAAU